AUGCCAAGCGAAAGCCAAAAUGAUGAGAUUUGCGUCGUUCCUUCCAACUCGACUUGCAGAUCAUCCGACAUGCUCUCUGCGGCAUUCCAAAAACAAGCAACAGUAGUAGACGGUACAAACUGCAAUAGGCAACACCAACAGGAACAGCAGGAGCAACAACGCCAACCAGCUACACAACAACAGCAACGUCCCAACAGUCGGAAACAACAGCAACAUGACCCCGCUCUACUGCGACCGUCUCAACUAGCUACGAUGCUUAAAGACGACACAGCUAUUACUUCCAGUAAUUCUGACCAGCCUCUCUUGAUUGACGUUCGAGAUUACGAGCACUAUGAAAAAGCACGCAUCCGAAACUCAAUAAAUGUCAACCUGCCCACUCUGCUUAUCAAACGGUAUCGCCGAGGCACUGUCUCCAAUUUCAACCUCGAGAGUUUUAUCUCGACGGAGGAGGGCAAACAGUAUUAUCUGUCCUGGCUUCGCAAACCAUCCACAAACUUGAAUCAACAGCAACGACGGAUUGUCGUCUACGACGAUACCAUGAACGACCUCGAUUCGCAUGCAUGGAUUCUGGUCGCCGUUCUGAAAGCUAGACAGAAACAACAGCUGCACCAUUUCAAUAUUUGCACCAUGGAUGGCGGUUUUGAUGCAUUUGCUAGAUGGGAUGCUUGGGGUGCCUAUUUGGUUGGAUCUGUGCAUGAUAAUUUGCUGGCUCCUAACGCGUCUUCGUCGUCAUCGUGGGCACCGUGGGAUGGUCCUCAACCAGCAGCAGUGGCAGAAUCAGGAACGUCACCGUCACCGUCAUCAUCUUCAAUAGCAGCAACGCUAGGUGUUCCUGCAACACCAACACAAUCGCGUAGUGCCACAACGUUUUCGUCAGGGUCGUCGGCUUGGAUCAAUCCAAUCGAUACAAAUGUUCAACGUAGAGCAAGUCUGUUCAGUUUGGAUACGAGCUCUGCACGGUCGAAAUUCCAUAGUAAUCGUCAGCGCAACAAUAACAAGGAUCAUUUACACAUUAAGCCAUCCAGAUCGUCUCGAGGGUUCAUGAAACCAAAUGGGUCAUCAACAACGGCGACGACAACACUACAAAAUAAUGAUAAUGAUAAUGAUGAUAGACAGCAACAACGAGACCUUGCAAGUAUAUCUGAAGCGACAAGCAGCUCAACCAAAGAAACUCCACUGCAACAGCAACAACUCCCUGCUACUCCUUCCACUCCUGUUACUACCACUUCCACCACUUCCACCGUUGCUGCGCCUGAUUCAAAUGUUUGGUCUGCAGAUGGCACCAGCGAAGGCAAUCACGCGUUCAUUAUAUCCGAAAUCGUACCUGGUUUCCUAUACCUCGGUCCUGAAAUCUCCACGCAAGAGCAGGUGGUCAAUCUGCAUACAAGAUCGAUAAAACAAAUCUUAAAUAUGGCAGAAGAAUGCAACGAUGAUGUACCUGGUCUCAAGGAUAGAAUUAAGUAUCAUAAAGUGGCUGCCCAAGAUACCGUCAUCAUGCAGAAUGUCGAAGAAACCCUGAAACAAGCAGUCCAGGUGAUAGACCAAGCAAAGCAGAUACAUGAACCCAUCUACGUACACUGCAAGGCAGGAAAAUCCAGAUCGGUGGCUGCCAUUUUAGCUUAUUUUGUCGUAUCCGAAAGAUGGACACUGAAACGAGCAUAUAAGCAUGUCAUUAAAGCACGACCCAGCAUGUCACCCAACAUUGGAUUUGUUGCAGAGCUGUUAAAGCUGGAAGAAUGUGUCCAUGGUCAAGUAAGUAAUUUUGGUGCACCCAAUUGGCAAUCGGUCGAUCCUAGUAUACCGCCAAGUCCCGAGUCUCAACAAGCACUCGGUAAGGUGAAAAUGGCUUGGUCUUCUGCUGCAAGUUGA